CCGCUGACACGUGACGUCAUUUCCGGUUCUGCCAUUUUGCGGUUGCGGAUCAGUCUUGAGCUGCUGGUGCGUUUCUUACCGAAUACCGUUAAUUUACUCUAACAUUACAGCCCAAAUCAACCGGAAAAAUGUCAGAUUUUGACAGCAACCCCUUCGCGGACCCGGACUUCAGCAACCCGUUUCAGGAUCCAUCGGUGACACAAGUAACGCGGACUGCCCCACCUGGCUUGGAGGAGUAUAACCCUUUCACAGACUCGAAGCCGGUCCCGCCAGGCUCCGCCCCUAAAUCAGUCCCGCCCACAGCCAACACACAGCCGGCCAUCAUGAAACCCACUGAAGAACCGCCAGCUUACACUCAACCUCAGCAGACACAGGAUCAGGCACGAGCCCAGGCAGAGUUAUUGAGGAGACAGGAGGAGCUGGAGAGAAAAGCCGCCGAGCUGGACCGCAGGGAGAGAGAGAUGCAGUCUCUCAGCGCAUCAGGAGGCAGGAAAAACAACUGGCCGCCUCUUCCAGAGAAGUUUCCGGUGGGUCCGUGUUUCUAUCAUGACAUAUCGGUGGACAUACCUGUGGAGUUCCAGAAAACCGUCAAGAUCAUGUACUAUCUCUGGAUGUUCCACACGGGGACGCUGUUUGCAAAUAUAUUCGGCUGUUUGUCGUGGUUCUGUGUGGAUGCAUCGAGGGGAGUGGAUUUUGGUCUGGCUAUGCUCUGGUUUAUGCUGUUUACACCCUGUUCAUUUGUCUGCUGGUACAGACCCCUGUAUGGAGCAUUCAGGAGUGACAGCUCUUUUAGGUUCUUUGUGUUCUUCUUCGUCUAUAUCUGCCAGUUUGGUGUCCAUGUGCUGCAAGCCAUUGGCAUUGCAGGCUGGGGAGCCAGUGGCUGGAUCUCUGCGCUGACCGGGCUGAACACGAGUAUUCCCGUCGGCAUCAUCAUGAUCCUGAUCGCUGCCCUCUUCACCGCGUCGGCUGUCAUGUCUCUCAUCAUGUUUAAAAAGGUCCAUGCGCUGUACCGAACCACCGGCGCCAGUUUCGAGAAGGCGCAGCAGGAGUUCGCCACCGGCGUCAUGGCCAACAAGACAGUUCAGACCGCCGCCGCUAACGCCGCCUCCACUGCUGCCCGGGGAGCCUUCAAAGAGCAGAUCUGAUUGGUUCAGAGAACUUCAAGUCCACCCACGCUACUCCGACCCCGCCCUCCUCAUUCCUCCUAAUGUCCUUACAGCCAUUCGUCAGCGCUGACUGGCUGUUCAAGACCACACCCACUCUCAUUGACUUAAUGCACUCCUGUGACUGACUGAGACCCCGCCCACAGCUCCUCCCCUCCUGUCAAUCGGCAGGUGUGCUGACCUGUUCUUUAGUUGGAGUGUGUGUGUGGAGCGCCUGUGUGUGUUAAACAGCCUAAAGAGUCACUUUAUAUGUUCACAUCACUGUUGGGUGUUUGUCCUUGUUAAACAACAGGAAGUGAUGUCAUCAAAUGUCCUUUUAUGGGAUCCAAGGAAAAAAGAAUGGUUAUGCCCUCACAGGUCUGUCUUACCGAUCAUCUCCGCUUAAACAAACACUCGUAAGAUGAGCGAUCUCACACAGUUACGCAAGUCCAGGUCACAUUUAAUCUCAAAUUCAAAAUUCACUCCAUUUUGGUGACAAUUAAGCAUUUAAAUCCAUUUCUUCGCAUUACUGAAACUGGAUUUUGGGGUAUAAUAUGACCUUUUCUUAGCGAGAUUCACCCAACUAUCCUGCAAAUGAGCCAUCAGUACAUGAAGACGCCCAUCAGAUGUGACCGUAAACGCUCCACACGCAACUCAGAGGGUCUCUUCACCUGUAAAUAUAUAAAUAUAUAUAUACAAACCUGUAUGAUGACAUAAAGUAUUGACUGAUUUUAAACAUA